AUCGAACAUUAGUUUGUCGAGCAGAUAUAGCAUCUAAAUAGACAGGAGCAUAGACAUAAACGCAGGUCUGCUGUGUUUGAUGGGCGCAUUGAAUGAAUAUAUAGAAUGAAGUCCUCGGCUGUGGGUCGCGCCAUGCGACACUUUUAUAAAACGACAACCCUGCACGGCUUCAAAUAUUUGUGCUCCAGAUAUUACUGUGAUCGUGUCGGUUGGUUGUUAUGUUGUGUGGCGAGUGCGUGUUGUGCGGGCGUGCUCUGUGCAGUGUUGUGGGCUCGCUUCCUUCAGGUGCCAGCAGUGUUGACCCUGCACGACAUGCGAGGAGCUACCAUGCAGAUGAAACUACCGACCGUAGCUGUCUGCCCUCCGCCUCAAACUGUUGCACGUCUGUUCGAACAAAAAUUUUCUUCCUCAAACAACACGAAACGUCUCUCUACCAUUUUGAUGAACGUGCUUCUAAGAAGAUUUCCAUCGCUAGAACAGCUCGGUUUGUUAGAAAACUUUCUUAACGAGGAGCAAAUAACUAUAAAACAAGUUUUAAUGGCUGUUGUGCCUUCCUGUGAAAGUAUUGUUCUUAAUUGUCGUUGGCAGUAUGACAUUGUGAGCUGUGAGAAACUUUUUAAUAAGGAAUUCACUGAAUGGGGGGUGUGUUGUGUCAUGAGACCGCAGAAUGUAAGCCUUCCUAAAGUGUCUCUAUACGAAACCACAAGCAAACUACAUGUCGCAGUUAAAUGUUCUGAUGAAAGCGAAACAGUGACCGGCUGCCAGUUCUUCACGGGGUAUAAAGGAGAAGAAUGGGUCGAACCGAAAUCGUUAACACCAGGAUUUAAUUAUCUCGCCCAAAUGUCGUUUACUUCGGUUAUCGAUAAGGAUUCUGAUAAAUUGGUUGACGGCACGUGUAUGACUACGGAAGGAUACACUAAGAGGGAAUGUUUAUUGAAAUGCAUUGAAAGAAUCUGUGGAUGCGCAGACUCGAUUCGAUCACAGAUAACUAAAACUCUGCCUUACUGUCGAGUGACACAACUAAAAUGUUUGCAUUCAUUUAAAACAGUCAAUGGAAACCAUAGCUGCAAAUGCUUGCCGUCCUGCACCAAAAUGAUAACCGACUUGUCGCUGGAAUCCAGUCUAAUGAAUGCGAUCAAUGAGACGAUUGAUAAGAUAUACGCGGGUUUGAAUGUGUCUACGAGCUCGGUGCUAAGACUGGCUGUCAGGAUGAGCGGCUCUAGAUCUUUUGUGGUCACACCGACCGAAACCUGGAUUACAUUACUGUCUUCCUUAGGUGGCGUCUUUAAUAUGUUUUUGGGUGUCGGCCUGUUUAGUGCUUUGGAAAUGCUGUUUCUUUUGUGCGUUAGAUUGCCUAUAGAGAUUAAAAAAUCUACCGAGAUUGAGAAUGUAUCAGCUGUUGUUCAAUAGUAUUGGCUCAGUAAACUAUGUUCAUGACA